AUGGGUGCAUCAACGACCCUCUCAAGCGAUGAUAAAGCAAAAGUGAAAAAAGCCAUCCCAUCUUCAAGCUCGACCAACAAAAUCGUUACUGCUACUGUAGCCAGGGUAUAUCAGUGUAAAUCUGGUAGUCAAUCAUGGUCAUACGCUGGAGCAGAAGGAGCAUUGGUUUUUUGUGCUGAUAAGGCGAAAGGUGGAUUAUGGUUUAGAGUAGUUGAUUUAUCUUCAUACCGUGGUGUCAUCUGGGAACAUGAAUUACCAAAUGAGAUAGAGUAUAAUCAGGAGAAACCUUUCUUUCAUUCUUGGCAAGGUGAUAACUCCCAUUUCGCAUUUGUCUUUGCGUCCGAACAGGAAGCCCAUGAUUUCUAUAAGAAGGUAGCCAAUAGGUCGAAAUAUGCUACUAAAGUGAAAGAAGAUAAGAAAGAGAAAGCUAGUACGUCGACACCGACCAAGAAGAAGAAAGGAGGAAAGAUCGAUAAAUCACUCAUCUCUGGACCUUCGGCUGGAUCAUUCAAACAUGUUGCUCAUAUGGGAUUCGAUAGUGAGAAAGGGUUUUCGUCAUCUGGUGUGGAUCCAUCAUGGCAGAUCCUCCUUGAACAACUUAGUAUGAAAGGGAUUUCAGCAAAGGAUAUUCAACAGAACGAGAAAUUCAUCAAGGAUUUCGUACAGCAACAAGGCGGUAUAGAGAAGGCCACUGCACCUAAGAAACCCCCUCCACCACCUGCCCCAACCUCACGUCGAAAACCCGCUCCUCCACCACCUACCUCUCGUUCUGCUCGACCAUCUUCCGUGGCUGUACCUACAUCCGCACCUCCCCCUCCCCCUCCACCAGGUCGAACAUCCCUUCCACCCUCUGCUCCUCCCCCUCCACCACCACCCAUUGCACCUCCUCGGAGUGGAUCAGCACCCCCUCCCCCUCCUCCACCACCACCGCCAGCAGGAGGUCGAGGUGCACCUCCCCCACCUCCCCCUCCUCCUUCAGGCGGUCGAGCACCCUCAGCACCACCUGUACCUUCCGCAGGGGGAGAUACGGGUCGUUCGGCCCUACUUGCGUCGAUCCAAGGAAAGGGAGUACACAACCUCAAGAGAGUUGAUCCUACCGAACAGCGCGUGUCACCCUUGGCUGGUGGGGCUGUUGCUGUCGGCGCUGGGGCGGUCGUAGGUGCCGGAGCUGCUGCGGCAGUAGCUUCUACUACUGAAGAUGCCCCUGAUCUAGCGUCGAGUUUGGCAGCUGCGUUAUCCAAGAGAAAGGCGGAUAUAGGAAGUGAUGAUGAGGAUGAUAGUGAUGAUGAUGAAUGGGAUUAG